AUGUAUGCUGAAGACCGACCGUGCACUCCUAUGGGAUCUGACACUAAAAAAGAAACCCACGACAAUUAUGCUCCCACCGCUUCACCUGAACCUGGAUGUUCUAAGACCUACUAUAGUCCUUCAGUUUUAACACCUAUUCCUCAGCCUGCUAGACCAACAACAACACGUAAACGGAAGUUACAAAGAUCUAAUAUACUGACAAGCACUCCAGUAAAGGAAGAGCAGAAACAGAAAUUUGAAAAAGGAAGUCACUAG